AUGAUUCCCAACUUAUUAUCAUCACCGCCACAAUUAAAUGUUACUACACGCUCUAUGACAAAAGCAACAGCCUCGACAUAUCCUACACCGCCUGUUGCUAUUCCCCAUCCCACGUCGUCUCUUCCACCAGAUUUCAGUAUCGAUCGAAUUAAACGAACUGAACAUAGCAACCCUACACUAUAUGAAACCAUCCAACAAAUACUCGCCGAUCCUUCGUCUCAUCCUACAUUAAUCGUUAAGGACAAAAUUUUAUACAAAAUUCUGCCAACUCGUCGAAAUACAAAUCACAAGCUUUUAUAUGUACCACCUGUAUUAGUAACCGAGAUAUUAGAAGCUUAUCAUGAUCAUCCGACAGCUGGUCAUUUGGGUACCAAACGCACAUAUCAGAAAUUAAAAACUCGCUACUUCUGGCCUAAAACGAAAUCAUCCAUCGAUAAUCAUAUCGCCUCUUGUACAAAAUGUGCAAAAUUUAAUAUUCGUCGCACAAAAACUCCAGGAAAACUUUUACUGAUCGAGCCACCCAAGGCGUUAUGGAGAUACGCGGUAUGA